UGUCACCUGCCUUCCACCGGCCCUCUUUCUUUUCUAGCGCCUGCCUUCCGUUUGCCUCUUCCUUUCCUGACAACUGCCUUCCACUUAUUUGUUUCUGGCAUCCUCCUUCCGUCCGCCCUGUUCCUUCCCUAGCACCUGCCUUCCGCCUGCCCUCUUCCUUUCCUGCCACCUAUCUUCCGUCUGCCAUAUUUCUUUUCUUGCACCUGCCUGCCGUCUGCCCGACUUCCCCCUAGCUGCUAGCUAGGCGAUGGACUCAGACUCGGAAAAAGCCCUCAAAGAACAACUAGCACAGCUUUACCAAAAGAAGCAGCACAAAAAACAGAAGGAAAGAAAUGCAAAAAAAAAGAAGAGGAAACCAAGCUUAUCGAAGCUAUCAAGGCUGUGAAACCAGGCGACAAAUCAUUGCGCACCGUCUCGAAAUCCGUUUUGGGUCAUGCUCGAGCCCGGUACUCCAACCCAAACAACGCUCUCGGCGUCGAACAAUGCACCAUUCGUGUCUUUGUGGGCGUCGUCCGUCACGUCACGUGUCGGGAAUUGUCUCUUUACCCAGCGGUUGUGAAGAUUUUUGAACGCAACUUCCAUUUCCUGCAUUACUCUGACUGGGCCCCGAUUUUUGAAUCCCUCUGCUCCAAAAAAGAAGGGGAACUGGCCCAACGCUUUCUCGAUGAAGUGUAUGCCCACAUCAAACUCGCAGGCCUGUUGCCGCCCGGCGACGUCCCAUCCCUCCCGCCAGCACGCCCGUCACCGGCGCCCUGUCCCCUCGACGGCGUUGUCUCCACUCCUUCAUCGAACGUGUCUCGCAACCGAAGCAAUGGCGCAUCCACAGACUCGUCCCCCUCGUCCUCCGUCGCGAACACAAUCGCAGCACCUCAGCCCCGGCUCGGAAAUGCCACCACGCCAGCGACAACCCAGCAUGCUCCCUCCGGGCCUUCGCAGGGGAAGCGGAAGGCACUCCAGGCGUCUGGGCAGCGUAAGCGACGCCGGGGCAGCGGCCCCACGCGCGGUAUGA